AUGAGUUAGACUGAACAAUAAGUAAUAAAUUAUGAUAGCUAAUAUCUGGAUGUAUUUGGUUGCACACAUAACACAAAGAUCACAUGUUCAGGGAAGUUGAUUUGUUAACAAUGUGGCAUAUAUAUAAACAAUGUAAAAUUAUACAAUUAAAGUAUUAAGUUAUAAACAAAAGUUUACAAGACUAUCAAAAUGAGAUAUAAUGCUUUUUUCAAUCCAAUAAAUAUAUUGAAUAAUGCAUUGGCUCCUUAGAUAAUUUAAAAGCAUUUAAUAAAUAGAUAACCAGUUAUUGAUUUCAUUGAAUAAGCAUCAGAGAGAUUAAAUCUAAGUGCUACUACAUAAUUUUUGGCUAUAAAUUACUUAGAUCACUAUUUCAAUUAGUAAGGAAUAAAUGAAGAACAAAUAUAUUUAUAUGCUGCAACUGCUUUGAUGUUGGCAGCCAAAGCCUAAGAAUUAGAUGAAAAGAUUCCUUUCAUAAGUAAAUUGAAGAGAUAUUCAUCAAUGACAUCUCAUCCUGAAAUAAACAAUUAUACAACUCAAGAUUUUAGAAAUGCUGAGAAAACAAUUAUAUAAUCAUUAAAUUGGAAAUUAUAAAGAGUCACAUUAUUAGAUCGUAUAGAAACUUUGCUAUCUUUUGGAGUAAUAGAUGAUGAUGAUAGUCUUGCAUAACAAUAAGGUUCUCAAUAGAAGGAGAAUAAAGAACUAUAAUAAGCCCAUUUAAAAUUAAGAGAAUUAAAUGAUACUCAAAUUUGUAAUUAUGUUAAAGAAGUAGAAAAUAAAUAUAUAGAAAUUGCUUUUACUGUAAUUAGAGGUAUACUUUAAAUAUUAUAUAUAGAUGAUUCAAUUUACUUUUCAAAUGAUUAAUCUAUUUUGGCUUUAUCAUGUAUUGCUUACUUAAGAAAGAAGGCUGGAUUAUUGAAUAUUUGGUCUUAAUAACUAUAUGCAUUAACUGGAGAAUCAGCAUAGAAAAUAUCUUCAACAAUUUCAUAAAUAAUGACUCUAACACCUAAAAAUAAAAUUACUAAUAUUUCUAAACCUUAGAUUACUACUUAAUCUAAUUCAUAUUUAUAAAAUUUAUAGAAUCCUCCUUCUUAAACAAAGCCUUCCUAAAAUAGAUAAUAUUUAUUUGAGUCUAAUAAACAAUAAACUACAGAUAUAAUAUAAUAAUAUAAUACAACUAAGGCUUCAGUAAAAGUUCCUUUAUUUUAAUCUUAAUCAGCAAUGUAAUUAUCUAAAAAUGAUAUUAUGAAACCACAUUAAUUGAAUUAAAUUAAAUAUACUAAUAGGAAUACAAAUUUUCCCAUUACUACUACUACUACAAAUUAUACUUAUUUAACUGAUCAAAUUGUUCAUCCAAAUUCAUACAUUAAACAUGUAGAAUUAGAUAAAAAAUAUGAAUAAAUUCAUAAAGUGGGUGAAACUAAAUUUAGAACCAAAUUAUUCAAUCAAUGA